ACUUGCAACUCUAUCAACCAAUUACCGCCCACCUCUUCCGCAGCGCAAGGAGAAGUUAGAAAUCUGCUUCCAGUCUGGUCUGGAGCCACGAUGGAUACAAUACCAUAUAUUUUACUUGUCCUGCUUUCCGCAGCAAUGAUACAAGAAACUACCGCCCUCCAGUGUCACUGUGAGCGCUGCACUGCCAACUCUAGCUGUACAACAGAUGGCGUCUGCUUCGUCAGUAUUCGCAAGUCAGGCAGCCGAUUGACGACGGAACUGCACCAGUGUGUUCACGAAAAAGAACUGUUCCCUCGGGAUCGGCCCUUCAUCUGUGCCCCAUCCUUCAAACACGACACGGUCCUUUAUCCGAUUUGCUGUACCACAGAUUACUGCAACAAGGACCCUGACCUCACAGUUUUCCCAGUCCCCACUGCAAAACCUCCACCUUUGGGACCUGUGGCUCUUGCUGCGGUGAUUGCUGGCCCAGUUUGUGUACUCUGCUUGCUGCUCGUUUUGGCUUUUUAUGUCUGCCAUAGCCACCGGGGGCUUGGGGCUGGCGGGGCUGGAGCCCACCAUCACCAUCAUCACCGGGUGCCCAAUGAAGAAGAUCCCUCCAUGGACCAUCCAUUCAUCACUGUUGGGACAACACUGAAGGACCUUAUCUAUGACAUGACCACUUCUGGUUCUGGCUCAGGCCUGCCACUUCUCGUCCAGAGAACCAUUGCCAGGACCAUCAUCUUGCAGGAGAGCAUCGGGAAAGGCCGUUUUGGGGAGGUGUGGCGUGGUAAAUGGCGUGGUGAGGAAGUGGCUGUGAAGAUUUUCUCUUCCCGGGAAGAGCGGUCUUGGUUCCGAGAGGCUGAGAUCUACCAGACCGUGAUGCUUAGACAUGAGAAUAUUUUGGGAUUCAUUGCCGCAGACAACAAAGAUAAUGGCACAUGGACUCAGCUGUGGCUGGUGUCAGACUACCAUGAGCACGGCUCCUUGUUUGACUACCUGAAUCGUUACACCGUUACUGUUGAAGGCAUGAUCAAACUAUCUCUGUCUACAGCCAGUGGCUUGGCCCACCUCCACAUGGAGAUUGUGGGUACACAAGGUAAACCAGCAAUUGCCCACAGAGAUCUCAAGUCCAAGAACAUACUGGUAAAGAAGAAUGGAACCUGUUGCAUUGCAGACUUAGGUCUUGCUGUUCGGCACGACUCGGCCACCGAUACAAUUGACAUUGCUCCAAAUCACAGAGUGGGAACAAAAAGGUACAUGGCCCCAGAAGUACUGGAUGACUCCAUAAACAUGAAACACUUUGAAUCUUUCAAGCGGGCUGACAUUUACGCCAUGGGAUUGGUCUUCUGGGAGAUUGCUAGUCGUUGCUCCAUGGGAGGGAUCCACGAGGACUACCAGCUGCCAUACUAUGACCUGGUUCAGUCAGAUCCAUCGGUGGAAGAGAUGAGGAAGGUGGUUUGUGAGCAGAAGCUUCGUCCUAACAUUCCCAACCGCUGGCAGAGCUGUGAGGCAUUACGUGUAAUGGCUAAGAUAAUGAGGGAGUGCUGGUAUGCCAACGGGGCCGCCCGGCUCACUGCCCUCCGGAUCAAGAAGACCCUAUCACAGCUCAGCCAACAGGAGGGAAUCAAAAUGUAGACAUAGCCCACCAAACAUGCACACAAACACAUUUCAAACUGGCUUCCAUUUCAUUAGCGUUACAUUGACAUUAUUAUUCAUUAAUUGUUCCUCCCCUUUGGAUUGGAAGGGAAGUGAGACAUCGUGUUUUUUUUUCAUAUCCUUUUUAACUCACUGACGUGUGACGUGAGGUUUGCAUUUAGAACAGAUGACGUGUUAUACACCUGAAUCCAUCAAUGGAUUGUUAGGCAAUUGAAUAAGGGUGUACUUAUAUUAAGCCAUUCAUAUUAGACUUGGAUGCCAUUCUUGCUCCCUCUCUGCCAGGUCUGCCAUUUUUAUUGGGCUGCAUUUUCUAUGGCUUUGUGGAUUAUCUCCAUUCUUCUUGGUGGCUGUCAAUUACUUGCAACAAUUACUACUGGCCCACAUCUUUUUGUGUCCCAAAAGAGGAGAGGUGUACUAAACUUGGGUAUUGAUAAGAGCACUCUCCAAAUGUGCCAGACUUAAUUCAUGAUGUGGCUCAAGCACAGUAUGAUUGGCCUAGUAGGAGUACACCCUACAUCUAAUGAGGGAUGGUAGUGCCUGAGAUCAUCUUGUUAAAGAAAGACUCUUAAAGACCCAUUAGGGCAACAUAUAAUAUCGUCUCCAUCCCUUCCCAUCCCUGCCUGGCCUUCAUUGCUCAGAGCUCUUCAGGUCGCUUAAACAGCAAGUUAUCUGCUGGUAUCACCUGGGAGUCCCCUGAGCUGCCUUACGUAUUCACCAUAGCCUCGCUUGUAUAUUAGCAUUUAAUUUUUCACUUCAGGUGAUCAUAAGCUAGUCUCAAGUGGAGAUGCAAGCCCUUCAUUUACUACAUUGUUCCUAAUGUAAUCUGUCACAAUAGCCCAAGCCACCAAGAGAUGUGACACAUGUGACACAAACGCACAUUCUUGAAAGAAUGUAAUUAUGUGAAGUGCUCCCACAUAGUAGCACUGGAAGCUGGAGCAAGAAAGUAUUACGAUACCAUGUUGUGCAGAAUUUCUCAUUGCUGUGACAAUUUUGCACCUGGUUUUGAUUUUUCUAACUAAUGUAUUACUUUCCUAUCUCCCUGCCUAUUAUCAUGGAGAUGGACAGGUCAGUUUAAUUUAUUAUUUUAAUUUUUAUUUUGAGUGGCAGGGCAUCUUUUUCUUUGAACUAAAAACGGGACAUGAUGACCUCAUUAAGUUUUGGCAAACAUGCUGCAUCAUAUGCAAUUUACAGUAGAUAAAUGUGUCUAUUUUCUAUACUCUGGUUAAAAGAAAUCAGAAACAGCUAGAGCAACAACAAUCAGCUGCCACUAUGCCUUCCAGUACAGCUGUUACCGGAAAGUGCCAGCGCUUUAAAAACCCAACUUCUCACGCCAGCUGCUGUGCUAGGCAUUUCUUUCGGGCAUGUAUGCAGCUCUGUGUGUAUCUGUGUGCGUGUGUGUCUUCUAGCGAGUGUCAGGAGCCCUGUGGAAGGCCAUCUGAGCACAAAGUAGCUCAUACUAUGCACAUCCAAAAAGAAGAGGGGAGCAACACAUCACACCACACAAUGCCAACAACAGUAAGCCAGCCUCUCUUCUCUGGUUCCAUUUCAUACUCCUCCAGGUGAACACACAAACACCUCAGCAACAAGUGUUGGACAGCUUGUCCUGUCAGUGGACUGAAUCUGGAAAGUGAUUUUGGAGAAUCAGCAACACAAAACUUUAAAGAAUGACUGAAGUUAUGUUACUGAUAUAAUGUUGGAUUUCUAAUUUUCAUGUUUGUGCGUCAAUGCAAAGUGGUCUUUAAAGUCAUUUUUUCAGUGCAUGAUAAGCAACAAAAUAUUAAUUUCAAAAAUAACAAGCAGAUGUGUACAAAGCCAUGGGUUUUCCAAGAUUUUUGUGUAUGUAUAUAUUUUUUUCUACCAAAUUACACAUGUAAGCCUUGACAGACCAAAAGCAGGAUUUGGUCUUUUUAUGUGCAUAAUGUGAAGGGUGAUCAAAAACAUUGCAUGUAUUGACUGAAGGUCAAUGAGUAUUUCAAUGAGUAACAAGAGUCUGGUAACUUUUUGAUCACACCUCACACAUGUAUGUAAUUAGUACAAUAAUUAAAGUCAUAGCAGCUUUGUUGAAAAGCUAAAGCAAAAACUAAAACGUACAUGCCCAUUUCUGAAUUCAUUUCCUGCCUCAAGAUAAUGGCAGUAUUAUACAACAAGUGUAAAUAUAUAAUUCCCCCCAGAGGAUUUCACCAGCCUGACAUGUUGAUUUUAAUUUAAAGCUGUGACAAAAAUUAUUUGCAAGUGGCUGUUUGUAUACAACCAAAAACACAUGUAGCACUUGGUUUGAUGGUAUUUAGUUGUGUGUACCGUUGCCAGUUGUUGGAAUAUUAGUUAUUCAGUUAUUUGAAUUGUUUGUUAAGUUAUGUAAAUAUUGAAAAUAAAUAGAAUUUACAAUGACAAAUGAAUAGUUUGGGCUAAACAACUAAUAUAAAGUUACAAGCCACAUUAUGUAUAUCUGGUAAACCAAAACCUGUAACACAAUAAAGGGCUUCAAUGUAGAAAGAAAAUAUUACAACGGAAGUGAAUCCAAAGACACAUCCAUCAAUACUCUAAAGCGCUUGUCCUCAUUACGGUUGCUGGGAAUGACUAUCCUAGCUGCCUUCAGGCCAAAGGCAGCAUACACCCUAGGCCAGUUUCGAGACACUUUAACCUAUUAAAGAAAAUCUAGAAGUUCAUAUGGAUUUUUCCGUUCUUUAAUUGAGUUAAAAUUCAGUUAAAAUUGUCUAAGCUAAACCUUGUAUGGUUAGGUUAUUAAUCCCCUAUUGUUCACUCAUUAGUGGGUUGCAUAAAAACACCUGUCAUAUAUGGUUGAUAUAGUAUGCUCAUGUGAGAAUGCCAAAUUUCUAAAACUUUUCCUGCCACUUUUGUACAAUCUGUACGAAAACAAUACUGCACUUGUUUUGUUCCACCAAAUCAAUUGUCCAAACAAAGCGCCCUUCUCUACCUGUCGCCAUUUUUUAUUAAGUGUGACUGCUUAAUAACCCGCCAUUGGGCCAAAGAAAGUUGGGCGUGCCAGUGAUUUAAUAAAGAAGGUAAGAAACUAGGGUUGGUCAAUAAUUUUUAUAUAGCAGUAUAUGAGAACUGGUAUUUAUCCCUUUACGGUAUAAAUUAUUCCAAUGAUAUGAAUGAAAGCUAACCCUAACAAAAAAGCGGGUGGUUAGCGCGCAGGCCUCACAGCCAGGAGACCGGAGUUCAGUUCCACCCUCGGCCAUCUCUGUGUGGAGUUUGCAUGUUCUCCCCGUGCAUGUGUGUGUUUUCUCUGGGUACUCCGGUUCCUCCCAAUUAGAUGUAAAUUCAAACUUGUAUGACAGUUAAAACCAAGAUAAAAGAAAGCAGGUGUGUCCAAAAUGUGGCCCGUGGUGGCUUUUUUUAUUGGCCUGCAUUAUAUUGUAAAAAUAAAAUAAUUAUCAACUUACAUUAUUAUAUAUUACACUCAUUUGCUUUGUUCCCUACAAAAGCUAAGCUGUGGAUGCUUUGUUCAGUUCGCUUAGCCUCUGAUACAUUAGAUUGAUUUUAAGCAUCUUUAAUGCACAAAAUGUACCCCCAAAAUGUGUGGCCCUUGGUGGAAAAAAUGUAAACACCCCCGUUUUAGAUGAUUCGAAACAUUUUAUCAAUGACAAAAAACAACAUAGUUAUGGUUACUUUCUUAUUCGAGUGAAUAAACUGGCAAUUCAAACCUUGUAUUGCGGAUAAAUGCAGGAUUAUGGAUGGAUCAGUCUUGGACAAAGUUGAAGACUGGUAGUGCUGGUGUAGGACAAUACUGUAAUUUGGAAAAAUAACUAAGCUCCUUAUAAUCUUGCUUGGCGCCUUUAGAUAUUACUUUGGCUGUGUGGUUUGUGUGUUCCAUUCAUGUGUUCCUAAAAUCAUCAUCAUUUUUACGAUUUUAACAACACUGGGCAACACCUCUGGUAUGUCUCAACUCAGACGACCCUCAUUCUUGUCUUAAAAGUCACCACCUGCCUGUACUUUUCAAAACCCAUGGUGAUCUAUCUGUACAAAGGUUACUUUUAUUUGCAACGUUUUUUUAGCUUGUGAUCUUGAAACAAAGUUUGUUCUUCAAUCUUUGUUGCCUUUCUGUCUUUUCAUUCCAUGUGCGCUGAUGAUCUUCUAGCUACACGCAUCACUGCAGCGUGGAGUUCAGCUCAGGUUUCUAACUUAGCUUAACAAAAGGGCAGGGUUUCAACCUGGAGUAUGCUUGAAAUAAAUGUUCCUGUUUAUGUCGACAAUUCCAAUCGAUCAAGUCAACAAAUCCCUGUCCACUAUGUUCUUCUUAUCAACUUAAAAAUCAUAUUCAUGACUGACCGGUUUCGUGGACUUAACUAAUUUCUAUGAAAAUUUGGCCUGUUUAUGUUGACGUUUUGUGUAUUGUUAGCUUCAUCAUUAUUGCUAAAGCAGCCUUAAAGGAUCCCUUAAAUGAUUCAUCAACUUUGUAAAAUAUGUUAUAUAUUACAUGUAAUUAUGUUCUGCAUAGUGUAGUUUGAUUUUUGAUAGUGAAAGGUAAAUUCACAAAAAUUACAUUUGUAGUUCAUGUUACCACCAUGAACUACAACUUUCGCUCUUCAGUUUCAUUUCCAGAAGCAACGCCAUCCGAGUACUGACUCAGGUAAACAAACUGCGGUGUACAAAACAGGAUGUUUACAGUGAUUCUAGCGAAGAUUUGAGACAAUAGUUUUUGAGGAGAAAAGAAGAUGAACAUUUGGAGAUUAAAUGGAACUUUCAGGACUACAGGAAAAGCGCACCUUUUUUUGACAAAAUGGUCAUUCUUAUCUUGUUUUUUUUCGGUGUACUAGCUAAAUAAAUCAUUUUUGACCAUACUGUAAAGCCAAAUCCUUCAAAGCAGUCAUCAGUGAAAUGAUCACUGCAAAGAACAGAACUUGAGGCGGGCUCUCUCUCGUUCUGCACACUUUCUGUGCCCAUUUCUGCUUUAAACCUUUCUUUUGGAAAAGAAAAACUUACAGUAUCACUCAGAUACUGUGAACAUCCAACAGCAACACAUGACUACUAUUUAGAUAAAAAAAAAUAUAUAUAUAUAUAUAUAUAUAUAUAUAUAUAUAUACUGCACUAAAUUCUAACUUAGUCUAAUUUGAGAAGCAUGUGUUUACGCCGCUUAGCUGGGAGGUGUUACCCCAAUGGCGUCACUUCUGAAAUGAGGCUAAACUGCGAGAGCUUGUUCGUCAUGGCUGGCACUAAAAAUAUGAAUUUAAUUUUUGUGAUUUUACCAUUCAACUGAUGAAUCAUGAUGACCCCUUAAAUAACCGCUACACAUGCAACCGCUGUGUGUCAAAUAUAUAGAUGUUUAAAAGUGUGCACAUGGAGGAAAACAAUGUCAACAAACCUUGUGCGUUCAAAACUCCUUCAGUCAGUAUAAAUCUGUAGGCAAUGGCUUGUUGGGUUUGUUCAACUUACGUUAAAGUCAGUCAGCCAGUCGCAAGGGACAUGCUGACUGUAUACAGUAUAUAUGCUAUAAUACUACACUAUUAUAGUGGGUCCAUCCCUACAUGGUGGGGUGGAUAGCAACUGAUGUCAGGGGUUCAUAGUUAAGUGUGGUGUGGGUUGCGGCCAUAACAGUAGCUCCUGUUGUUGUGCCUAUUGUGAGAUAAUUCAAACCUGCCAAUGGAAGCCUGUUCUGGGGAUCAAGUCUCACUGCUACAGUAACAUUACUGACACCUAGUGACCAGUGUAGAGUAUUCCAUGUCUUCGAAUGUGCCUUCUGAGUGCCUUAUAUAUACGUAUAUGUAUUUUAGUUCAUUUAACAACUUUUAUGAAAUGGUUAAUUUCAAAAAUACAUCCAAUAUGCUUAAAUAUUUUCACAAAAAAUAGCCUAACCAAUCACUAUGGUUUAUUAAUAUGUUUCGAAGCGCAAAGUGGC